UAGAUGUCGCCUAAUUGUUGAACGUCAAGUUGUCAUUGCGUCAAAAAAUUUAUCAAGUUACAAAAAGCCAAAAAAGUGUAAAAAAGACCUGAAGGCGCACGAAAUCUGUGCAAAAGUGUGACAUCUUUAUCUUCCAAUUUAAUAAAAUUGGAGUAAUCUUUGAGUAAUUCUUCAAACAAGGUUAAAUUCGAUCAUUCGGUGAUUUUUUUGGUUAUGUACACCUGUCAAACAUUCCGUUUUUAAAUAUAUAAUUUUUGUCCGCUGUAUAAACUGUUAAAAAUGCUGCCUCGCUGUUACUUAUUCGCGAAAAAUGUGUGUCAGAAAGCUGCCGUUUCUAGCUGUGAGAAGAACUGCUCCAUUACAUUAAAUGUGGCAGUUAGACAACUUUAUUUAUUACACAGAAAUACUCAAAUAAUUCCCUUAAAUUCACACCACACUCGACAGUUUACAUGGACACAAAACUUGCUUAAAAAACGGGAUACAGGUAAACAAACAGCUGACCAGGGAGUAGACACUAACGAAGUAGUAAGUAGUAAAAGUAAAACGACAGAUAAAGAUAAGAAGGAUGAACCACCAACGCCCGUACUUAAAAUAAUAGCUCCAGAAAUCCAGUCUAACACUAACACUAAAUCUAAAGAUAAAGUCGUACUAGAUAAUGUCUUGGAACAAAGCUUAGACAAAAAAGUAGCCAAGCCCGUGAUAUCCGAACCCAUAAAAAAGCUAAAAGAGAAAAUAAUUGGUAUUAGCGAAAACAAAAACGAAGAAGGAAAAACACAAACCAAAAAGCGGAAACGCGUUGAUUUAUCCGCACAAUCGCUCGAGCGCAAUUUCAUAACUCCUGUACGUGCCAUGUCCGACUUUUUGCUGAAACCAUCCGAUUUGGAAUCAUUGCCUAAGACAAAACGGCGUUCCCCUUACGAAAACGAGCCACCGAUUACAGUCUACUGGCGCAAAGACGUAGAAGCUAAAGCUUUAAGUAUCUGGGGAUCAAGGGAAAAUCUCCAGAAAGAACUGAUUAAGCGAGAUAUCGAGAGAAAGAAAUACCAACAAAAUAUUUUUACAAUGAAGAGGCGAUUGCGUGAUUAUAGACGCGAACUGGGUCGCUCGGCUAAUGUGGAGACUGACGGGGGCAUUAUGGGGCGGUCGGGGAAAGUGGUCUUGACAGCAAUUGCCAUCAAUGGGACAAAUUGUCUCUUUAAAUUAUUCGCCUGGUUGUACACAGGGUCACACAGCAUGUUUUCUGAAUGUAUACACUCGUUGGCUGAUACUAUAAAUCAGCUAAUUUUGGCCUACGGCAUCCAUAAAUCUGUCCAGGUUGCCGACUCUUAUCACCCAUAUGGGUACACAAACAUGAAAUACGUGGCGUCCCUCAUUUCCGGGGUUGGGAUUUUUUGCGUAGGGACGGGUUUGUCUUUAUACCACGGUAUUUCAGGUCUAGUCAAUCCUCAACCCAUUGAUGACUUUUUCUGGGCUUAUUUUAUUUUGGGGGGCUCGGUUGUUUCCGAGGGCGCAACUUGGUUAGUUGCCUACAAUUCCAUCCGCAGAGGUGCCCGUAAUAUUAACAUGUCGGUGAAGGAUUACAUUUUGCGCUCGCAGGAUCCAAGCGUCAAUGUUGUUCUUCUGGAAGAUUUUGCGGCUGUUGUUGGUGUGAUCGUGGCAGCUGGGUGCAUGGGUCUGUCCUCUGUGACCAAUAGUUCUAUCCCUGACGCUAUUGGGUCGCUGCUUGUUGGCUGUAUUUUAGGAUCAGUUGCCUCGUUUAUUAUUUACACGAACGUUGCUGCACUUGUUGGACGGUCCAUACCAGAGGAAAGUUUGGAUAAAAUUAACACUGAACUGGAGAGUGAUGUUAUGGUACGGGCGAUCCAUGAUGUUAAAGGUAUCGAUAUGGGCAAUUAUUUGGUGCGGUAUAAAGCCGAGCUGGAUUUUGACGGUCGGGAAUUAACGAGGUCUUAUCUGGACAAGCAAGACCUCAACGAAUUGCUUGAAGAGGCUCGACGUUUGGAAAAUAUUGAUCAAUUUGAGGAGUUUAUGUUGAAACAUGGCGAAAAUAUUGUUGAUAUGAUGGGAGGGGAAAUUGAUAGGAUUGAAAUGAAAUUAAGAAAAAAACAUCCCGAAAUUAGACAUUGUGAUCUAGAAAUUCUUUAAGUAUGCAAAUAAUAAUUGUUAAAUAAAUAUUACACAGAAUUUGUUUUUUUUUGUCAGAAUAAAGCAUAAGCAGUAUUUACAUUUGUGACAAAUGGCGUAACCAUUAUUUUUAUAUUUUAUUUUACUUCCGAAGCUUUGUCAGUCUGCCUCUGUGGUGUUAAUAAAAACUUAAACAAU